AUGAAGAAUUGGAAUACUAAUAAAAUAUCCAGUGCUAUUAUAACUAAGCUUAUCAUUUUCCUUUAUGUUAUCAACUCUCAAUUUAGGUAUUCAAAAUGCUUGGAAUUCAGGGAUAUUCUGCCAGAGGAUGCAAAGCAAUAUGAUAAAAUGAGACCACCCAAAAUAGAUGGCACAGCAACAAAAGUUCAUUUUCAUGUAACGGUGAUGGGCUUAGAUUCAAUCGAUGAAAAUGCAAUGACAUACGCUGCUGAUAUUUUUUUUGCUCAAACAUGGAAGGAUCAUAGGCUUCGCUUACCGGAAAAUAUGACUUCCGAAUAUAGAUUAUUAGAAGUUGAUUGGUUAAAAAACAUUUGGAGACCGGAUUCGUUUUUUAAGAAUGCCAAAGCCGUUACAUUUCAAACGAUGACAAUUCCAAAUCAUUACAUGUGGCUUUAUAAAGACAAAACUAUUCUCUACAUGGUCAAAUUAACGUUAACAUUAUCCUGUGCAAUGAACUUCAUGAUAUAUCCACAUGAUACACAAGAAUGCAAACUUCAAAUGGAAAGCUUGUCUCAUACCACUGAUGAUAUGAUAUUUCAAUGGGAUCCAGAAGUACCUUUGGUUGUUGAUGAAAACAUUGAAUUGCCUCAGUUACAGUUAGUCAAGAAUCAAACUGCUGAUUGCACUCAGGUUUAUUCCACCGGAAAUUUUACAUGUCUUGAAGUUAUUUUUGUUCUUAAACGAAGACUUGGAUACUAUCUGUUUCACACUUAUAUUCCUACAUGUCUUAUCGUCAUAAUGUCUUGGGUUUCGUUUUGGAUUAAACCUGAAGCUGCUCCAGCCCGUGUGACAUUGGGUGUUACGUCUCUAUUGACGUUGUCCACACAACACGCUAAAUCUCAAGCUGCUCUUCCUCCCGUUUCAUAUCUAAAAGCAGUCGAUACAUUUAUGUCAGCGUGCACUGUGUAA